GCUUGUAAUCCUGGCCGUAGCUAAGACAACCUUAAUAAGCACAGCCCAUCACAAUUCUGCUACCUAGGUACCUAUCUAUUUACCUACGUAGCACGCGUCGUGGGACGCGUUGCUCUUAUCGAUAAUUUAGAUCAUGGUACUAUUCGUAACCUCUGUCUCUACCUUUUACACUUAGGAAAUCGCCUACUUUAUUAUCCCGACCCUCGGCUCCUAAUCCUAAAUGGUCCGGCGUUCCUUUCUUACCACCGCCGCUUCCUCUGGCGGCGGUUCGGAUAGCGAUGAUGAGCUCGGCGUCGAGGACCAUCCUUGGACGUGGAUUUAUCGCUCGGCUUCCCUUUCAGGGCCGACGUCAACGGGGAAUAGAGACGCCCAACUCGAUAUCAUAGGGGCUAGGAAAGAUAAUUUCGAAUGCUACGUCGGCGACUGUGUUCUUCUGAAGGCCGAGGGCUCUAAUGAGGCAUGGGUUGCCAUCGUGACCGAGUUCCUUGAGGCUGACGAAGACGGAGACAAAGCUGCCAACUUCCUGUGGUUCUCCACAGAGAAGGAGAUUCGAAACAAUGACCGGAAACGAACAGAUUUUCUCCCUAACGAACUGUAUAUCACACCCUCCUCUGACGUCAACCCCCUCGCGUCUAUCAACGACAAGGCUGCCGUCAUGUCCGAGCAGGAGUUCCUCCAGAGGUAUCCGAGUGGAAAGGUUCCCCGCGGCUCCCUGGGCUAUAAUAAGACCUUUGUUUGUAGGAGAGGGUGUGAUACGAGGACUACAAUUUAUACCCAGGAGUUUGUAUGGGAGAGUGUCUACUCUGGCAAGCCAGAGCACCUGGGCACCCUAUUGAAACUGGUGCAGGACGGAACUAGAUCGACGAGGAAGCGCCGCCGUGGCAAUAUCGCAACCGUAGAAACCGACUACAUUGCUACGCCCCCCGAAGGAGACGACGAGGACGAGGAAGAAGACAGCUCCGAUGUUGCCCAACGAGUGCCAGUUACCCCAAGAAAGAGACGAAAGGCACCGCGAACCGUGACACCAUCGAACCGUAGAGUUGUAAUAAAAAAGGCCUUGGAAUUCACGCCACUCGCAACCCGCAUGCUUUCUCCGAGCCACCACCAGUCUUCUCCAUUCCAGCUCGCGAGGGCUCAGCUGCACGUGGCAUCUGUCCCGGCAAGUUUGCCUUGUCGAGAAUCCGAGUUCUUCUUGGUAUACUCUCAUCUCGAGACGGCCAUCACCGACGGAUCUGGCGCUUGCAUUUACAUAUCCGGAACCCCCGGGACUGGAAAGACAGCCACGGUGCGAGAGGUGGUAUCGAAACUUGACGAGGCAGUACGCUCCGACGAACUGGAUGAUUUCAUCUUCGUCGAGAUUAACGGAAUGAAAAUAACUGAUCCCCACCAGUCAUAUACCCUCCUUUGGGAAGCUCUCAAGGGACAAAGAGUGAGCCCCAGCCAGGCGCUAGAGCUUCUUGAGCGCGAGUUCAAUAACCCCAGCCCUCGUCGGGUCCCAUGUGUGGUGUUAAUGGACGAGCUUGACCAACUGGUUACGAAAAACCAGAGCGUCAUGUAUAACUUCUUCAAUUGGCCGGGGUUGAAACACUCUCGACUUAUCGUGCUAGCGGUGGCCAACACGAUGGAUCUUCCCGAGAGGACGCUCAGUAACAAGAUAAGUAGUCGCCUAGGACUUACCCGCAUCACGUUCCCGGGUUACAACCACGAGCAGCUCAUGAAGAUUAUCCAUUCGCGCCUCGAAGGGGUCCCGGGGAAUGUCGUUGAGCCGGAUGCGGUCCAAUUCGCCAGCCGUAAGGUUGCGGCUGUGAGUGGCGACGCGCGACGCGCGCUGGAUAUCUGCCGGCGAGCAGUAGAGCUAGCGGAAGCCGACGUCAAAGCCUCGGGAAUCGACCCGGCGACGCCAAGCAAGAGGGGGAAGUUUAAGUCGGGAGAGGAGGACAGGCCGAAAACCGUAAGAGGAAAGGUAACUAUAGCGACAGUGAAACGAGCGAUCAAUGAAGCAACAUCGAGCCCACUACAGCAGUAUUUGCGCGCCCUUCCAUUCGCUUCUAAAUUGGUCCUCUCGUCCUUGCUCAUCCGGAACGAGCGCACGGGUCUUCCUGAUAGCACUUACGGCGACGUAGUGGAGGAGAUGAGGCGGGCCCUAGUCUUGGAUGCUAGUAGCCGGCGGGUCAGUUUGCUUACGAGCACCGGGGAGAAGGAUUCGGGGGUGGGAAGGAUUACGCGACGAGACCCUAAGCUCGCCAGACCGGCGGGGAUCAGCAGCGCGGCCGCCGACUUGGCCGGCGCCGGAAUUAUUAUCCUGGAGGCGCAGCGGGCGGAGCGGCCAAGUAAGAUCAAGCUCGCAGUCGGCGACGAGGAAAUUAAGCUUGCAUUCCGGGAUGAUCCCGAAAUCAGGGCAUUGGGUAUAGCAUUCUAACGUACACACGGGCCGUAAUGAACCCUCAAUUAUUCAGGAUGAUAUCCUCCCCCAACCAGACCCUCUUUAUUUG